CUUUUCCCCGUUUUCCCCAGCGGAAUCCAAUGGUCAAAUUGGCCCAGUGCUGAAUCAGAACAAAGACCCGAGCCACCGAAGCGGUCCAGUGUUGUUUUAACGUUUUGGCUGCUGAAAUCUGGAAACGGAAGGGGACUGGAUUUGGUACCUACCUUACCACGCUUACCUGCCGCUACCCCCCAAGGGCCCCAGCCGAAAGCCUCGUCCGAAGGACCAGCCGUGUGACACUCACCCCCAAGCACCCACUGCCAGCCAUGGCCGUUGUCAACAUCAUUAUCUUCCCCUUUCUGAUCGGCUGCGAACGCCUUUGAUAUUCUCCCUCGCGAGACCCCCAUGAUCUCUUGACGACCGACGGACCUCGAUCGAAAUACCGCGACGAAUGCGCUGACGAUACAGUCCCAUCGUCAACCGACGGACGUUCCCCCACAGCCGCCGGUGUGACGUAGCCGCGGCAUCUCGUCCAUCUUCACAAGCAACACAACCACGACCCUCAUUUCCCCCCCCGAAAGACAUCGCGAGACGAAAAAGAAUACGGGAUCGCCGUCUCCAUAAUCAAGCGGCGCGCGCGCGCAGAGACACCAACCCCCGAAACCACCGCCCACAAUGGCCGCCCAAUCCAAAGUCUCCCUCAUCGGGCUCCCCUCAAAUCGCACAGUCCGCAACCUCGCCCUCCAACUCACCCAGCUCUACCUCCAAAACCGCACGCGCAUCUCCCGCGCCGUCUGGAUCACCCUCUUCGUCGCCCUCGCGAAUCGCAUCCGCCGCGCCAUCUCGGAUCAGAAGGCCGCUUCCGCGCGCGAGGCCGCCGCCCGCGAGUCUCGCGCCACCGUCGCCGCCCCCUCUGACGAGGACAUGACCAAGAAGCGCAAAAAGGUCGAGCUCAACCGCGAGUUCUUCCGGUCCCUGUUGCGCCUGCUCAAGAUUGUUAUACCGGGAUGGCGGAGCAAGGAGGCUAGGCUGCUCAUUAGCCAUUCCUUCUUCCUUGUUGUCAGGACGUUGAUUAGUCUCAAAGUCGCGGCCAUGGAUGGCGCUAUUGUCAAGAGCCUGGUGAAGGGCAACGGGCGGGAGUUUUUGAUGCGCAUCGUGUGGUGGAUGCUGAUUGCUAUCCCUGCGACGUUUACAAACUCAAUGUUGUCCUACCACCAAGCGGAGCUGUCGCUCAAGUACCGGACGCGGUUGACGCAGCAUAUUCACGACAAGUACCUCUCGAAGCUCACCUUUUACGGCAUCUCUGCCCUCGACGACCGGAUAAACAACCCUGACCAGCUGAUUGCCGUCGAUGUUGCCAAAUUCUCAAACAGCUUGGCUGAGCUCUUUAGCAACCUCGCAAAACCCGUCCUGGACAUGACAAUUUAUACGCACUCGCUCUCGCGUAGCGUAGGCGGCGAAGGCGUCGUCUCAAUGGCCCUCCUCGUCCAACUCUCCGCAAACGUAAUGCGCGCCCUCACUCCGCCCUUUGGCAAAUACGUCGCCGACGAGGCCCGCCUCGAGGGCGAAUUCCGCUUCCAGCACUCGCGCCUCAUCGACCACGCCGAAGAGGUCGCCCUCUACUCCGGCCACGAGGCCGAAAAGGACACCCUCGACAAGGGCUACUUCACCCUCAUCAAGCACGUAAACUACAUUCUCCGACGCCGCUUCUACCACGGCUUCAUGGAAGACUUUGUCAUCAAGUACUUUUGGGGCGCCCUCGGCCUGCUGCUCUGCUCCGUGCCUGUCUUCGUCAAGAUGCCAGGUCACAUUGCCAUGAACAUGGGCGACCGCACCGAGAGCUUCGUUACCAACCGCCGCAUGCUGCUCUCUGCCUCUGACGCUUUUGGUCGCAUCAUGUUCUCGUACCGCGAGAUUAUGGAGCUGGCAGGUUAUACCUCCCGUGUCGACUCCCUUCUCGAGGUCAUGAAUGACAUCCGCGCCGGCCGCUUCGAGAAGAAGCUCGUCUCCAGCUCGGGCACCGAGAACAACGAGGCCGUCCUCAAGGGCCGCGGAACCGUCGUCGAGAGCAAGGACAUUCAGUUCAUUAACGUCCCCAUCAUCUCCCCCAACGGCGACGUCCUCAUCAAAGCACUCUCCUUCUCCCUAAAACAAGGCGACCAUCUCCUCGUAGUCGGCCCCAACGGCUGCGGCAAAUCCUCCCUCUUCCGCAUCCUCGGCGGCCUCUGGCCAGUCUACGGCGGCACCGUCCACAAGCCCCCCUUCUCCGACAUCUUCUACAUCCCGCAACGCCCUUACCUCUCCCGCGGCUCUCUCCGCCAACAAAUCACCUACCCAGACUCCCUCCGCCAGAUGCGCGCCAAAUCCGUCACCGAUGCAGACCUCCUCUCCAUCCUCUCCCUCCUCGGCCUCGAGCACCUCCCCGAACUCUACCCAGAGGGCUGGGACGCCGAGGCCGAGUGGCGCGACGUUCUCUCGGGCGGCCUGCAGCAGCGCGUCGCCAUGGCGCGGUUAUUCUACCACCGGCCCCGCUACGCCAUCCUCGACGAGUGCACCUCCAGCGUCACCCUCGAGACGGAAAAGGUCAUGUACGAUAACGCAAAGGCGCUGGGUAUCACCCUCAUGACCGUCAGCCAUCGCCGCAGUCUAUGGAAGUAUCACAGCCGCAUCCUCCAGUUUGACGGACAGGGCAACUUUGUCUUCACCAAGCUCGACGCCGAUCGCCGGCUGAAGCUCGAGGACGAGAAGGAGGACCUGGAGGUCUUGCUGCGGCAGGUGCCUGAGAUUGAGAGGCGUAUUGCCGAGUUGACAGCCGCGUAGAUGGCGGUGUUGGUUACUGUCCUCCUAUCUACAACGGUUCUCAUAGGUGAGGUUGUAGCGGUGCAUUCUUCUUCAGUUGGUUGAUGAUGGAAAGGGAGGC